UGCUCGUUUCACUCGAGCGUGUGGUGGUGCUCACUGUCACAUACGUACGUGCAAGUGCAAUACAUGGGCAGCGGCAAGCUGGACAUCUUCGACGCCGGCCGCUGCGCCGACGGGUACGCGCUGGGCCUCGCCGUGGGCCGCCGGUUCAGCGAUGUUGUCAGGAGCAGGAUGCGGCAGGACCUCGUCCUCCAGGAGCAGCUGCUGCCGUUCGCGUCGACGGCGCAGGCGCAGCCACUGCUCGCUGCCCUCCAGGCCGCCAACAAGGAGAGGUACCCGCGGUACUGGGACGAGCUGGUGGGCACGGCCGACGGCAGCGGGGUCCCGCUCCUCCACGUCGUCCUGGUCAACUUCAGGAAGGAGAUCCUGCCGUUCAUUCCCAAGGAGGGUGGCCACGGCCGGGAAGAGGAAGAGGAAGAGGAGCCCGACGGCGACUGCUCUGACGUUCUAAUCGUCAGCGAGUCGACGGCGAUCGCCGCGCACAACGAGGACGGGAACGUCGCGCUGCUCAGUCACACAUACCUGGUGAAGGCGACGCUGCCGGCCGGCCUGUCCUUCACCGCCUACACGUACGCCGGCGAGCUGCCGAGCUGCGCCUUCGGGUUCAACAGCAAUGGAGUGGCUUUCACGCUGGACUCGGUUCCUCCGGUGAACGACGAGAUCGUCGCGGGCGCCAUUGCUCGGAACUUCUUGUCACGGGACCUGCUAGAAGCAAGGAACCUCGAGGAUGCAAUGCACAGGAUCUGUUCAGCGAGCGUUUCAGUCGGCCACAGCUACAACCUGAUGGACGUCAGAGGACGGAGGAUCGUGAACGUCGAGACCGCCUCCGGGAACCGGUUCGCGGUCCACGAGGCCGGCGCCGCACCGUUCUUCCACGCAAACAUGUACCGCCAUCUCCAAGUGAAGCAAGUACAGGACGAGAAUUCCAUGAGCAGAGAGAAGAGAGCGGCGCAGUGUUCAGUGGACUCCAAAGAGAAGGCACUUUCACUACUCGGAGAUACAGCUGAUGAGAAAUACCCAAUCUUUAUGACAGGCCCAAUAUUGUACACUCUAUGCACCGUCUUGUAUGAUCUCGAUGAGACGACGAUUACCAUAUACAGAGGAAAUCCAAAGAAUGGAGACAUAGCUCUGGUUCUUCCUAUGCUUUGAAACUAAGCGUAUUAGCCCAAUUCUUGUUGCUUUGACUACAAAUCAUGCUGGCGAAACAUGGUCUUGGAUAAGGAAGAAGAAAUUUUCAUCACCAACAGCAAAUCAUUCUAUGCGAGCCAGGGGUGUUCCAUGCGAACAAUGAAACUCCCGUGGACAAUCAAGUUUGACAACAAAUCAAUGUACUAUCAUUGCAAUUAGAUGAGGUAAUUUUGCUAAUGCCUUGAGGUAGAAAAAAAGGAGGCUCAAGGUAGCAGCAGCCUGUCACUAUCUGCUGCAUGCAUUGCACACCUUUCGGUAUUUGAUGAAUGUUUAAACUCCUCAAGUCACAAUCUUAUAGUAAUGGCAGCAGAAGCUAAAAA